CCUCGGCUCUCUUCAAGCGGUUGACGGUAAACACACUUCAUACAGUUACAGAGUUCGCUCGUUACAACCGUUCUUCACGGGGUCGUUCGUGUGGUGCACUGCUAAAUGUGUGUGUGUGUGUGUCUGCUGACCGGAAUAAUCGUGUAGCGGCGAUGUGAGCAACACUGUUACAUUCAGUGUGUAUCCCUCGGUGUGUGUGUGCUUCUCAGUCUCUGACUGAUGAAUGAUUGAACGCUGGAGUGUUUUCAUCACCUGAAGAUCACACAGAGAUCAUGAAUGAAGCAGAAGCAGAGUCCUGCAGGAUCAAGCAGGAGGUCAUCGAAGAAAAGAUAGACCUGAUGGAAGAGAUUAAGGAGAUAGAAGAAGUGAUUGAAGAAGGGAAGAAACAUCAUGACAUCGAAACUGAUGAAACAUCCUUGAGUCCCUCGUGGGAAACAAGACCAGAAAUAUGUUUCAUUUGCCCUCAGUGUAAAGAGAUUUUCACAUCCGAAGAAAGUCUUAAUCUUCACAUAAAAUUUGAAAGUGGAAUGAAGCCGUACGCAUGUGAUCUCUGCGAUAAAACUUUCAAAAAAAAAGCAAACCUUGCCAGUCACAAGAAAAUCCACACUGACGAGAAGCCACACUCUUGUGAUCAGUGCGGGAAGAAGUUCAGAAAUAAAGGAAACCUAAAUACACACAUGAGAAUCCACUCUGGAGAGGGUGAAGAUAAACCGCACACAUGCAGUCAGUGUGGAAAGAGAUUCAGACAAAAACACCUCCUCGAUCAACACAUGAGAAUCCACACCGGAGAGAAACCGCACUCGUGUGAUCACUGUGGGAAGAAGUUCAGAAAUAAAGGAAACCUGAAUAUUCACAUGAAAAUCCACACCGGAGAGAUGCCAUACACGUGUGAUCAGUGCGGGAGGAAGUUCAGACAUAAAGGAAACCUCAAUGAACACAUGAGAAUCCACGCUGGAGAGGGUGAAGAUAAACCGCACACAUGCAGUCAGUGUGGAAAGAGAUUCAGACAAAAACACCGCCUCGAUCAACACAUGAGAAUCCACACCGGAGAGAAACCGCACUCGUGUGAUCACUGCGGGAAGAAGUUCACACGAAAACAGCGACUUAAUGAUCAUAUAAAGAUCCACACAGGACAAAACCUGCACACCUGUGAACAGUGCGGGAAGAGUUACAGAAACUUAAGUGUUUUCAAAGUACAUCUGCUCCAUCAUUCUAGAGACAGGAUCUAUAACUGUGACCAGUGCAGUAAAAGUUUUUUUAGGCCAGAUAACCUGAGGGACCACAUGAAAACCCAUUCAGAGGAGAGGCCUUACGUGUGUUAUUUGUGUACAAAGAGCUUUAGACAUCUGAAUUGUUUAAAAAUACACCAGAAACGACACAGCGGUGUGAAGGAUCAUACUUGCUCUGAGUGCGGAAAGAGUUUUUAUGACCUUUAUGCACUGAAACAGCACCAGACCGUUCACACCGGAGAAAAACCUUACCAGUGUUCACACUGUGACAAGAAAUUCAGUAUUUUAGGAAACCUGAAAAGACACGAGAGUGUUCACACUAGCUAGAGACCCAUUACUGCCAGUCCUGUGAGAAGAGUUUCAUCCUAUUAUCUUCUCUACUUAGUCAUACGAAUAAAACAUGUUCAGAUCUGAUGCUUGUGUGUGUGUGUGUGUGUGUGCACGCGCAUGGCUUCAGGAGAGCAACCCUACAUUUGUGUUGUUUUAUUUUCUUUCUUAUAUAUUCAUUAGGGUGACCACCGAUCCCACGUUGCGCGUGCGCGCACAGCGUUUGAAGCCCAAUUCAUGCAUCCCCCAAAUUGAGACUGUCACGCAUAAUCAAUGCUUGCUCAAAAAAAGUUGGUCGCUCUAUAUCCUUGAGCCCCAUGCAGCCAAACGAACAUUACUUGACAGUUCAGCACGCUGCUGUUGCCACACCCACCCCUCGGUUGAACUGCUGACUAGGUUGUUGUCUACUUUUUCGUUGUUGUCAUGACCGCGCACGCACGUGCAAACCAGACACACUGGGAAGGAACUUUUAGAUGCACGCUUUCCAAUUCGAAAAAUGGAGAAAGAGACUCUGAGGCACCGCCAUCAUCAAUUAAAAAAAAAAGGUGUGUCCUGUUUCAAACUGUUUUUUUUUCUUCAUGCGCCUGCCUUUACUAACAUGCAAUCUCACCAUCCUUACACCCUUCUCG